AAAUAUGUCAAAAUGGCUUUCUACACUGUUUGCGAUCGUGUUUACUUUACGAUUUUAACUCACAAAAUGAACUUUAAAUCUAAAUAGUGUGUUAAUUUUAGUGUUGAACUAGUUAUGUUACACAACAGUGGGCCUUACGGGCCGAACGAUGUACCUAUAAAUAUGGGAAUCCCUGUGAAUAUGACUCAAAUGUCAAAUCCAAUGAAUUUAGGGCAUAACUUGGGUAACUUGCCCAAAAUGCCUCAACAAGCACCUGAAGCUGAAGCUCCGGUCUACGAUAUACCGGACUAUCGAUCUUUCGGUCAUUCGCCUUUGAAUAUGGGGCAUCCCAUGAGCCCUUUCCCAAACUAUCAUCAAAUGAACUUUCAAACAAACUAUGUCCAUCCAAAUCCUAAUUUGCCACAUAAUACGACACCAAGCAAUUUUGAAAACAACAUUCUUCCGAUGAAUUUGAACACACACAGUGAUCACGGGCCUAGCUUGAUGAAUUACCACAAUCCUGAAAGCAAAAAGUUUGAUAUAAACAACUUGCAUUACAGAGAGAAUCUCAGUCGGAAGGUACCAAUAAAUAUACCUCAAAUACAUACUAAAGCGUUUCAAAAACAUCUAGGAAUGGAGUCAAAUCAUGAUCAGUAUAAUACAGUACAAGAAAAUCAAUUCUAUAGUCACAAUUCAACAAAAGUACCAGAAAAAUCUUUAAUUGACACUAAUAGACGAAAAAGCUUAGAGAACACAGUGAAACUUAUUGAAGAUAUACUUAUAAAUAGUACACCUAAAGAUAAGUUAAAAAAUGUAAAUACUGAUAUUUUAAAUAACACAUUAAACAAAUCAAGUUUGGAUAUGAGAAACACGAAAUUACACGGAAUAGACAAUAGUAAAGAGUUACAAACCACAAUUAAUUUAAGUCAUAAAAUAAGCACAGAUGAUUCUAAUCCCAAUACCGAUUUGCUAAGAGCAAGAUUGGAAGUUAAAGAUACGAAAUCGGACAUCCAUGGUCUAAAUUUAACCAGUAAAAGCUGCCCAAACAAAUCUAUAGAUUUAAAUACUAAAUUACAAAAGGAAGAUCAUGCUAAAACAAAGAAAACUGUCAUUAAUGAGUUGCCAGAUGAUUUAAGUAAAACAAACAGUGAAAAGGAACUACCUAUACAGAGUGAAAUUCAUUGCAAACCUUUAAGACGGAGUCUUAUGAAUAACCAGACUGAAAAAGGGGAGAGGAGGAGAGAGUCCAAUGGAUCUGAUUCAGAGAAAGAAGACAUAAUAGCAGAAGUUGAUAUCAAGAAAGAGAUUAUUGAAGAAGAUAUAGUCGAAAUUAAGGUGGAGCUAGUGGAAUGCAGUGGAAGCGAGAGUUCACCAUUCCUUAAAGACAGUAACGCAACACCAAGAGAUGUUUUAGACGCGGACGCUGUUAUCGUUGAAGAUAAUAAUGUUGCAGAAGCGAAGGAAGCUGCGAAAAAGGGCUCAAAUCCAAAAACCUACUUCGAAUGUACCCAUUGUGGCCUCCUCUUCAGACACCCGAAGCGGUUCCUAGUCCACACGAAAUGGCAUACAUUCGGAUUGACCAGUGAGACGCGGCACAGGAUGGAGAAAGAGAGAGAGCUCAAGAAGAGUAUGAAGAGAGAAGCUAGGAUUAUUGAAAGAUUGAACGCCAAAGAAGUGAAAGAUGGAGCUGAGGGCGACGUGCACCCGUGUAAGGACUGCGACAAGGUCUUCUCAGUUAAAAGCAGUCUCAAAAAUCAUCGGCAGAAGUACCACCCAACGCGUGUCCGCGAGUGCAAGAUCUGUAAAGCGUCGGUGACGGGCUGGAUGGCGCUGCGCGCGCACAUGGCGGCGCACGCGGCUGGCUCCGCGCCCGGGUACGCCUGCGCCGACUGCCCCAAGCGGUUCAAGUACGCGCACUCGCUGGCCAAACACAGGGACACGCAUCUGGAAAAAACCCUAAGCUGCGAGCAAUGCUCCAAGAAAUUUGGGUCGCAGGCGUUACUGAAGAUGCACAUGAAGUGCCACGAGCGGGCCGCCAGGGGCGCCACGCACAGGUGCACUUAUUGCGGGAAAGGCUUCUUCGAGAGCUACAACUUACAGGUACACGAGAGGACACAUCGCAACGAACGCCCAUUCACCUGCGACAUAUGCAAGACCAGCUUCGGAACCAAUUCUAGUCUCAAGCGGCACCUCAAAGUUUCCCACAGCACCUCAAAACCCUACACCUGCGAAACAUGCCACCGCAGCUUCGCGUCUAGCACAACCCGCGCGCGGCACACCGCCCGCGCGCACGGCGACUCCUCCGCGUUCCCGCACAAGUGCACGCUGUGCCCGAGACAAUAUAGUGCUCAAAAGGAGCUGCAGAAACAUAUAGGGAAGACGCAUAGGGAGGAGAGAGAUAGAGGAGAGAUAGGGUAAAAAAAAACACCGUAUAAAGUAAUUAUUAAUGAUUACACUCGUCGUGUUAGUCGUUUUCUAGGUUUUCGGCCUGCAAUAAGUUGGAUAUUCAGUUAACACUUACAAGUGCACGCUGUGCCCAAGACAAUAUAGUGCCCUAAAGGAGCUGCAGAAACAUAUAGGGAAGAUGCAUAGGGAGGAGAGAGAUAAGGUAAUAAAGACACCACAAAUUUUAAACUGGCUAGAUUUAAAAAUGGCAGCAAUUAAUAACAAGUGUCAUGUUAGUCGUUUUCUUGGUUUUCGGCCCAACAUGGCUGACCAUAAAUAUACCCUAUGUCAUUGCAAUAAGGUGGAUAUUCAGUUAACACUGACAAGUGCACGCUGUGCCCAAGACAAUAUAGUGCCCUAAAGGAGCUGCAGAAACAUAUAGGGAAGAUGCAUAGGGAGGAGAGAGAUAAGGUAAUAAAGACACCACAAAUUUUAAACUGGCUAGAUUUAAAGAUGGCAGCAAUUAAUAACAAGUGUCAUGUUAGUCGUUUUCUUGGUUUUCGGCCCAACAUGGCUGACCAUAAAUAUAAUCUUGAAGACAUGUGAGAUUUAAUGAAAUAUAAUUGUAUACCCCGUAUAUUGUAUAUAGUUAAGACUAUACCCCGUCCCUCUAUUUUUAUCAUCCUUCAUCCUUCAAGUACUAUGCAUGUUAAGCUAGUAUAUCCAUAAGGCAUUAUCUUAUGGAGUACUACUUGUCCCACGUUUUGAUAUAAAUACAUAUUAUGGGGCGAUUUUAUAUUUAAUAAAAUGGGCAUGAUAUUCGGGGGAAUCCGAACAAUUACAAGAAUGUAUUUCUAAAAAUUUCCUUGUGUAGGUACUGACAUUAACAUAAAUAUUUAAUAGUCCCCGGCAAGCUAGGCCGAAUUGCACCUUCCCAUACAAACGUAGUUCCGCUCUCAUUUUAAAACUGCGUGUUGGAUUGUAAUAAAACUUUGCAAAUACAAUGACAUGAGGUAUAUCUAGGUCUGAAAUUCGUUUAUAUAGGUCCAGUUUAUCAUCGUGAGGAUCGUGAGAGAGCUUAUCUGGGGCGACUAACUGGGUACCGGUGGAUCGAUGAGGUCCGGAAGGACCUAUGUGACAUCCAGGCGGCUGAAUGGCGUCGGAUCGCACAGGACAGGAACGAAUGGCGAA